AUGGGUAUUAUGCUAUUCAAUUCAAAAUAUAAUCAAUAUAUUCUAAUAAUAUGCUUAUUUUUCUUCUUGAAUGUAUAUUUGCUUUACAAUUCUGCAUCAACUCCCGAAGUUCAUAAUAAAAAGGUAAUUUUAUGCACAAUAAGUAUUUGAAUAAAUUAUUUAAUUUUUACAGGAUGUUGUUGCUCAUGUUGAUAAAAAAGGAAAACUUCACGAUAGUUCUUUGAAUGUUGGAAAAUGUGAAAUAUCAGAUGAAUUGGCACUUUCAGCUUUGAAAAGAGUUAAAUCAGAUGUUUGUCGAAAGAAAAUUGAAGAAGCUGCUUGUGCAAUCAAAGAAGGGACAUAUCAUGAUAAAUUUCCUGAAUCACAAUGUCCAAACCAUGACCAUCUAAUUAUUGAUUUUUCGCUCGGAUGUUACGCAGAUUCAAAAAGUUCACGAGUUCUAAAAGAUUUCACAUAUAAAUUCCCCAACGGAAAUUCAAGAGAUUUAUGUCGAAAACAUUGUUAUCGAGCUGGAUUUCUUUUAUAUGGUUUAGAAUAUAAAGAAGAAUGUUUUUGUGGAAAUCAGAUAUUUGAUAAUGCUACAAAAAUUGAGGAAAAAGAAUGUGAAAUGUAUAAAUGUCCUGGAAAUUCUGAAGAAUAUUGUGGUGGUUUUAAUGCUGUUUGGAUUGCAAGAACUGGUCUAAAAAGUUAGUUUUUUUUGAAAAUGCAUAUGAUUUCAAAUAGUUGGGUGAAACGCAGAACAGGCCCCCACCCAUAUCAUUUUAUGCCCCCGAUUCGGAACUAUGUUACAGGCCCCCGCGCGGUAUUUUCAAAAAACAAAAAUUUAUGGAAAAAAUAACGAAACAAAAUGUUUUUUUUGACCUACCCGCGAAAAAGAAAGCUGCACGUAGCAAAUUUUUGUUCAGAAAAAUUAGCAAAAAACUAAUCAUUCCGAUUUUUAAUUAAUUUUUUUCAUUGUGGGGACCUCAUCUAAGACAAAUUUUUUAGGUGGGGGUCUCAACUAAGACAAUUUUUCAAAAUGGGGGCCUGAACUAAGACGAUUUUGGGGGCCUGAAACAGAGUUCCGAAUUGGGGGCAUAAAAUGAUAUGGGUGGGGUGCUGAUCUAAGAUUUAACCUGAGACCGUAGAUGAGGCCCCCUCACUCAUUAAAAUUAUCUUAGAUGAGGCCCCCACAGUUAGUUGAGCCCCCCACUGAAUAAUAGACCCCCACCCAAAAUGAAGACCCCAAAAUAUUAUUUUUUCACUGGGUGGGUCCAAAGUGGGGGCUUCUCCUGGGAUGUGGGGACCUGAAUUGGGGUGGGGGCCUGUUCUGCGUUUUACCCCAAAUAGUUUUUUUCAGAAACAGUAAUUCCUCUCAAACCAAAAUUCGUCGAAAAAUCCGAAUCGUCUAAUAAACAACAAAAGAUUUUAUAUUUAUUGCAAUUAAAUGGUCGAAAUGAGCGACAAGUUAUUCGAUUUCUCAAAACAAUUUAUUCAAAUCAACAUCAUUAUGUAAUUCAUGUUGAUAAACGACAAAAUUAUAUGCAUUCGGAAAUGUUGAAAAUAGCCGAAAGAUUUGAAAAUAUUCGAGUUACUGAAAAUCGUUUUAGUACAAUUUGGGGAGGAGCAUCGCUUCUUCAAAUGUUUUUACAAGUUGUCAAAGAUAAUUUGGGUUUGGAAUGGGAUUAUAUUGUCAAUUUCUCUGAGUCUGAUUUUCCUGUUCUACCAAUUGAAGAUUUUGAAAAUUUGAUUGAUUCGUAAGUUUCGAGUUCUAGAAGUUCUUAAUUAUAUAUCCGAAUUUCAGACAUGUUGGUUAUUCUUAUUUGGCAUCUCAUGGUUAUAAUACUGCCCGCUUUUUGCAAAAACAAGGUUUCGAAUUCGUGUUUCUUGAAUGUGAAGAAAGAAUGUGGCGAAUUGGAAAAAGAGAUUUCCCAGCAAAUAUAAGAAUUGAUGGAGGAUCUGAUUGGGUUGGAAUUCAUCGAGAAUUGGCUGAAUAUUCAAUAUCUGAAACAGAAGAAAUUCCGAUAAAAUUGAGAAGAUUAUUUGAAAGUAUUCUACUUCCACUUGAAAGUUUUUAUCAUACAUUAUCAUUCAAUUCAAAGUUUUGUGAUCGAAUUAUGUCAAGUAAUUUGAGAUUAACAAAUUGGUAUAGAAAACAAGGAUGUAGAUGUGCUGGAUUGAAAAAAGUUGUUGAUUGGUGUGGAUGUUCGCCAUUAGUUUUUAGAAAAGAAACUGUUUCGAAACUCGAAAUCGAGGUUUGUUAGAUAAUGUUUUUUUGUAAAAAAAAAUUUGUCUAUUUUCAGAAAGUAAAAUUGAAACCUUCAUAUUUUGCUCGUAAAUUUGACAGUAUUAUAAAUAUUGAUGCAAUUAGUUUAGCUGAAUCUCAAUCUGUUCCAAAUUCAAUUGAUAUUCAACAUCCCUCAUAUAAUUCUUCAUUUUCAAAUGUUUAUAAAAAAGAUAUCGAUGGAGAAUGUAUGUUUAUUCAUUUUUAUUCCAAUUUUCAAUUUUUUUCAGCUGUCCAUAUUGAAAAUUUUGCAAAAUCUAUUCUAAAGUUAUCUGGAAUUUUAGAAAGUUUUGAAGAAUUGACAAGAAUUGAUGUUUUUCGAGCUCAUUCAACUGCUCCUAUACAAAUUGUAGUCACUUUAAAAGUAAGCUAGCACCUAUUUUUAUCAAAAAAAUAAGAAAAAACAUUCAGACACUUUCUGGAAAGUUAGUUCAAUUUUUGGUGGAUCGAGUCCGACAUAUAGAAAUCUUCAAACAUCAAAGUCAAAAUGGAUUUUUACUCAAAAAUUUGACAUUCGGAACAAAGUAUGAAUAUAAAGAAGAGUUAUGUCGAGAAUAUAUCGGAAUUAUUACAAAUGUUAGUUUUUUUAAAAUUUGUGGAAUAAAAUAAUUUUUUUUAGAAAUCAACAAUCCAACUUCGUAUUCAAUGGCACCCUGUUCAAGCUAUAACAGAAAAAAUGGACAAAACUAGUCCGGAAGUGGAAAUUCGAUGGAAAACACCGCAAAAUGCGAUUUUCUCAACUCAUCGUCUGAAACCGUAUGAUUCAAGUUUUGGAGGACAAUUUGAUGAAGUUAAUUUGGAGAAAAAGUAAGUUUUAAACUAAAAUUUUAAAAAAUAUACUAAAUUUUUGAAGACUUCCUGCAAACCUCAAAUCUGAAGAAGAUUGUUCAUCUGAAUAUUCAGCUGAUAUUGUUUCAACAGAUCCAAGUUCUCCAAAUAUUCUAGCAACUCUUCAUUUUCCUGUUUAUCCCAUCGAUAAUUCUGAUUGUCAUUUUAAAUUAACGCGUAGAUUUUUUGAUAUUUCGGAUAGUUGUGAAAGUUUAGAAAAAUGUAAAACCAAAGUAUGGAGUAUUUAUUUCCCCGAUCCAAAGUCGCAAUUCUAGAUCUUGUUUUUUUUUCAUAUUCUCUCAUUUUCAAAAUUGCUCUUUCUUGUCUUUUAUUUUUAUUGAUUACUGUGAUUUUUCCCCAAAUUUCUCGUGCAUUUUUUACAUUUUGUGAUAAUUUUUCAUAAUUUCAGUUUUAUUUGCCUUGUCUGAAGAAUAACGGGUUCAUUUUUUGUUGACUCCGCAUAAAAGUUUUUUCUUGAAAUUAUUGAAAUCAAUUAUUCUGUGUCGAAAUGUCAUUUGAAUAUUUUCUUGGAAUUUUGAGAAUUUUUUGGUCAUAUUUUUAAAUGAAAAAAAAAAAUUUAGACCCCGCCUAUUUUUGUGUGCCGCGGAAAAUAAGAGAAAAUAAUUUUGCGUGGGAGAAAAUCGAAACUUAAAGUUUAUAAUAUUUAAUCAUAGGGGUGGCUGUUUUUGACAAAAAAAAUGUGAUUCAAAGAAAUAUUUUUUACCCAUGAGUUUUUCUUCGAACGCGUUCUUUCGUAUUUCAAACUUUAAAAAAAAAUAAAAAGCUCUCCAUUUUCCAGAUGAAUUUGUUAUUAGGAUUUGUGAAAAAAAUAGAGCGACUUUCAAAAUGUCGAAAUAUAAGUAUUGAAGAAUUAUGUGAAGAGAUCAAUUCUAUGGACCAAUCUGUUUUCAGUGAGUUUUCAUAACUUCAAAUUAAUUGUAAAAAUUGGAAGAUCUCCUUUUUCAGAAAGUUUUUUGCCAAAAUUUGAUUUUUUCAAACCGUCGGCGAUCAGAUAUGCGGAUGUUUAUAAGGAUGAAAGUGUACAUAUGAAUAUUUUCGGGUUUUUGUGAGUUUUUUUCUGAAUAAAGGAAAUGGGAGCUUGAAUUUAAAGUAAAAUUAUAUUUUUUAGAAGAUCGGGUCAAAGAAUACCUCUUCAUAAUCAUCCGAAUAUGUUUGCCUGUAUGAAAGUUUUACAAGGAAGUUUUAGGGUAAGCUAUUUUUAGACCAAAAUCUGAAAUUUAUCAAUUUUCCCUUCUAAAACUCAUUUUUUUUUCAGAUAAAUUCAUAUACAAUAAUUGAAAGAACACACAAUAAAGUACUAACAAGAUAUGAUGGAUUCAAAUGUGUAUCAAGUAAUGACUCAAAACAUACAAUAUUUUUGGAACCUAAAAAAGGUAUUUUUCUAACUUCAUCCAUCAAUACUUCUCACUUUUUGUAUAUUUUCAGGAAAUAUUCACGAAAUAAUUGCCCUCGAAGAUCGCUCUUAUUUUUUUGAUGUAUUUUUGCCUGGUUAUUCUGAUAAUAAUUGUGAAUAUUAUCAACCAAUUAUGUCUGAAUUAUCAACUUCUUCUUCACUUUCAUCCGAUUCAUUGUUGGAUUUUGAUGACUUGAUUUUGGGAAAUACAAUUGAAUUACUUGUUAUUCCACCGCCACGCGAUUUUGAGACCAAAAGUUUUAAUUUUCCAAGUUUUCUAUGAAUUUGUGAAUUAUUUUGAUAUAACAUUUAUUUUGAAUAUGAACAAAGGGGUCCCAUUAACCCAAUGAUAUUUGAAAACUUUUUUUUUUGAAUGAAAAAUAACAAAUUUUGUACAGAUGGAAGGCUGGAAUAUAAAUGAAAAACUUGCUUUGGAAUUUUUUGAAGAUCAAAAACUUCCCUCGAAUUCAAAAGAAAUUGAGAAAGUUUUGAUUGACGAAGAUUUGCGAGAAUAUGGAGAACCUGUUUUUCAAAAUUUGAUUGAUAAAACUACAACAGUUUUGAAUUUAUCAAAAUCAAUUGUUGUUCAACUUGUCAAAUAUCGAAAUGUACAAAUUCCGAAAGUUCGAGAGGAUUCAGAAAAUUAUCAUGAAAAUUCCGGAAUUUUUCGCAUUUUUUUGACCGAUGGACAUUCUACAAUUUCUGGAAUUAUUAUGGAAAAUAUCAAAGGAUUGAGGUGAGUAAUUUUUAAAGUUAUUCCCGGGAAAAAUCAAAUUUUUUAGCACUGAAACUCCGCCUGGAACAAAAAUCCGGUUGUCUGGAAAACAUCCCGAUUGA